CUCAGAGAGACACAAUUGGUGGUUCUGCUCAGAAGUUGCAGUCGAGCCUCUGUGCAGUGCUGACACCAGGCCUCCUCCGUCCCAAACAGACUCACAGCAGCAGGAUGCGUUUGCUGUGUGUGCUGGGCCUGUUUGUGGCCCUGCUGCAUCUUUCCACCUCUCUGCUGCUGGGAGCCUUCAACAUCAAGACCUUUGGAGACAAGAAAUCCUCCAACACGACUCUGAUGAACAUCAUCAGCACGAUUGUCCACCGCUAUGACAUCAUUCUGAUCCAGGAGGUCAGAGACAGCGACCUGUCAGCGACCAACAGACUGAUGGAGCAUGUCAACAAAGGUUCUCCUGAGUUCAGGUACAGCCACAUCGUCAGUGAGCCUCUGGGUCGCAGCACCUAUAAGGAGAGAUACCUCUUCCUUUACAGGGAGCAGACGGUGUCUGUAGUUAAAAGCUACACCUACGACGACGGCUGUGAGCCCUGUGGGACAGACACCUUCAGCAGAGAGCCCUUCGUCGUCAUGUUCUCCUCCAAAUAUAGCGCCGUGAAGAACUUUGUUCUGAUCCCCCAGCACACCUCUCCUGACUCGGCUGUGGAGGAAGUGAACGCUCUGUAUGAUGUGGUGGCUGAUGUCCGCACCCGCUGGAACGCCAACGACAUCGUGCUGCUGGGCGACUUCAACGCAGGCUGCAACUACGUGAUGGGCUCUGACUGGCAGAAGAUCCGCCUCUUCACCGACAAGAGCUUCCACUGGCUGAUCAGCGAUGAGGCCGACACUACUGUGUCGCAUACCAACUGCGCUUAUGACAGGAUCGUGGUCACCACUGACAUGUUGAAGGGAGUGUUGCAGGGCAGCGCUAAGGUCUACGACUUCAUGAUGGACUUGAAUCUCAGCCACAGUCUGACAUUGGCUGUCAGUGACCAUUACCCUGUGGAGGUGACGCUGACUGCCUAGGCUGCUGCUGUCUAUAUCACAACACCUCUACCACUGGCCUCCUCCUGUAUAUGAAUUAAUAACCAGCCUUGCAGCCCUGAAUCACAAGACUGAAAUAAACAACUGUGACCAGUUA